AUGAAAGGAAGAAUAUUUAAUAGGUUUUUUAAUUCGUCAAGUAAAACAUUAAACAACAACCAUAAGAUACCGAAAGCAACAUGCAUUUACACAGAACUUCCAAAAAAAUCGUAUAUUUCCAUCUAUGGACCAGACACACCUAAAUUCUUGAAUGGAUUAAUAACUACCAAAUUAGUUCCUAAAUUCAUAAAAAAAAAUUUAAUGACAAUUACUCCCGAAGACCUGGAAAAUUCUGAUUAUUUAAGCGACGAUCAAAUAACCAAUGAUUUAUAUGAUGAAUUAGCCAAGUCAUAUGGGAAUAAACUCGGCCAAUACACUGGGAUUUUAAAUAGUAGGGGUAGACUUGUGACUGAUGCUAUCGUUUAUACACCUUUCCACUUGGGGAAGAAAUACCCUGAAUAUUGGUUGGAAAUACAUGGAAAUAGUAUGUUGGAAAAAAUUUGGAAUAGCUUUCAAAAACAUAAACUAAUGAGCAAGGUUAAAAUAAAACACAUAAGUCAACAUAGUUCAAGCUUUAAAACUUGGCAUUUGUCCAUUCAAUUGCCACCUUCUGAGACGCCAGAUGAACAUAAGCUUGUCAACGGAUGGUUACCCAGUGUUUUAACACCAUUAAGAUAUGAAAUUAAUAAUAGUAGAGAUUAUGUUGAUUUCUCAAACUUUGUAGCCAAAAGUUUUUUUGAUACUAGUAAGCUAAAGGCAAUUUUCUUGGAUAGAAGGAGCUUUAAUUUAAUGGGGAACAAUCCACACAGUUUGCAAGAUUUCCGGGUUAUAACAGACGUUAAAGUCAACAAUAUAACUGAUUUUUUCCAACCUGAUAAAGAACAAUUUAAGGAUUUGGAAUUUUGCUUGAAACAAACAACGCCUCUCGAAUUGCGUAACUCCAGGUAUGAACUGGGAUAUCUAGAGACUGACGAAGAUAUAACAACUGAAGCGUUGUUACCAUUGGAAUUGGGGUAUCAUUAUAUUGAUAACACAAUAAGUUUUAAUAAAGGGUGUUAUGUAGGUCAAGAAUUAACUGCAAGAUUGUACUCCACCGGUAAAGUUAAAAAAUUAGCUACGCCCAUUAAGAUCGGAAAUGAAGAACAAAAAAACGUUCCGAUAGUUGUUCAACCCAAUGGAAAAUUUGUAAAUGUUUACACUCAAAGCUCUAUAGUAGACAAUGAUUUCAAAGAUGAGGAGAACGUUGAAGUUUACAAUCCAUUUACCUCCAAACCUUCACCCUUCCCUGGUUCAAAAAAUAUUUUAGUUAAUAGACCUAGAAAAGUUAGACCUGUUGGAAAAAUAUUGCGCAGUAAUGAGUUGGGCCAUGGUGUUGCACUAAUUGACGCAUCUUAUACUGAGAAAUAUUUUUUUAAUGAUACGUUCAAACCUGAUUUAUAUAUAAACGGUGAAAAUAAUGAAAAAAUCCCAAUAUUCUUAGGUAAACCAUUUUGGUUUGAUGACUAUAUGGAGGAACAAGAGCUUUAG